AUGUCCGACUCUUACAGAAAAGAUUUCUCCGACAAAGCCGCCGAAGCCGUCAAGCCAGACAGCCAAAAGUCGACUUUCGAACAGGGUAAAGAAUUCGUCACCGACAAGGCCGACAAGGCCGCUGGUGCCGUUCAGCCUGAAGAGAAGAAGGGCGCUUUCCAGGGUCUAAGUGACUCUGCCUCCAAGGGCAAAGACGAGGCCAGCGGAAAGUCGGUCUCCGAAACCGCCGGUGAAUACGUGGAUGCUGCCAAGAGCAAGCUGAAUGACGCUGCCGAGUACGUGAGCAAGUCUCUACACGGUGGUGACGAGACCAAAUAA